AUGACUUUUCGUAAGCUUAAAGAAAUAAUAUUCAUUGGAACAGGAACUUCUUCGGGCGUGCCUACUGUCGCUUGUCUAACUGAUCCCCAAAAAAGUUGUAAAACUUGUAUGUCGACUUUAACAUCAGAAGGAGAAGUUAAUGUUAGAAGAAAUACAAGUUUAUUGGUUAGAGUUAAUCAUGAAGAUGGUAGAGUUAGGAAUAUCGUAAUCGAUUGUGGCAAGACAUUUUAUGUAUCUGCAUUAAAAUGGUGGCCAUAUCAUGAGUUACGUAAUUUAGAUGCAUUGAUAUUGACACAUCCGCAUGCGGAUGCAAUUAACGGAUUAGAUGAUUUAAGAGCUUGGACAUUACAUAAUGUUAUACAAGAAAGUAUCCCAGUUUAUUUAACUAGUAGUACUUUUGAAUCUGUUCAGAAUCUUUUUCCUUACCUUGUUGAUUCAAAACAAGCAUCUGGUGGAGGUGAUUUACCCUCUUUUCAAUGGAAUAUGAUUGAUAUAAAUCAUUCAUUCAACGUCGAAGGAUUAGAAUUCACUCCUCUACCAGAUGAACCAUACAUUUAUGUUGGUUAUAGAUUUGAAAAUAUUUCGUAUAUUUCGGAUUGUAAUUUUAUACCAGAUGAUACAUUAAUUAAAAUGCAAGGAAGUGAUAUAAUGAUAUUAGAUGCAUUAGAUUAUAAAGAACAUCCAUCACAUUUUUCAAUAUAUCAAGCAAUAAAUAUUUCAAGGAAUUCAAAUCCGGUACCAAAACGAACAUACCUUGUAGGAUUUUCUCACAGUGUGAACCAUUCUGAGUUAGUUAAAGAAAUGGAGAAAUUACAAUUAAAUGAACCUUUAUUAUGGGUUAGGCCCGCUCAUGAUGGAUUAAAAGUUGUAGUUGAUAACAUAAAUGAAGAACAAUGA